UAUAUGGUAUGUCGAGACGUACAUAGGCUGAUGUACUACUGUGACUACUGUGACAGCAGACUGUGAAGAACUGAGUAGACAGCAGAAGAAUGUAUAACAAUACAAUACGCACUUAGUAUUCAGGCGAAACAGUCCCUCGUCGAGUGGAAAUUUGUAGUGAAUUUUUGAAACGACACUCGGGUGCAUGUGAAAAACAGUGAUGGAGACGGAGAACGUCAGAUUACGACAACGGAUGGUCGCAAUUUUUUAAUCUGCAUUAAAUUCGGUGCAUGCGACGCAUCACGUAAGUCGUGGAAGGCCCAAGACGUAAACAUGGGAAACUGCUUAAAAAGAGCCACAGGAGGCCAGCUAGAUAAUACGACAUUGUUAAGCAGCAGUUCUGACCCUGGCAUGACUGGUGCUUCUUCACAAGAGACUUUUGGCCCGUCAAUACCCUACAGUGCUGGAAGUUAUUAUCCGCCCAUAACAACCCGAGAACGUCACUUACAAUCAACAGAAUUGGGUAUCAGUCGAGGUAUUGGCAUAGGGGUGGUUGUAAGUAGCGGAGGAUCUGGUAUUAUAAGCGAAGAAGAGCAGCAAGUUCGAAUAGCUAAACGUAUAGGAUUGAUCCAGCACUUGCCUACGCGAGAAUUCGAUGGAACGAAAAAGGGAGAAUGCGUGAUUUGCAUGAUGGAACUUCAAAUUGGUGAAGAAGUGCGUUACCUGCCGUGUAUGCACACUUAUCAUGCCGUAUGUAUCGAUGAUUGGCUUCUCCGAUCACUCACUUGUCCUUCAUGCAUGGAACCGGUAGAUGCUGCGUUAAUCAAUUCUUAUCAUCCGACCACUUAAUGUCGCGAAACGAAACAUCAAACCCAGUGUAGCUCACAUUUUAUUGAAAUAGAGUUCCAAACUGUGGGAAGCAGAUGCUAACUUGGAUAUCAUGAAUCAGGCUUUUCAGUAAAUAUUGCUAUCCACUCUGCAUUUGAUAUACAUAUACUUACACGGAAGUAUAUAGGCAUUAAACAAUAUUUAAUAUUUGAGAAAUGUUUCUAUGCUACCAUUAGUUGAAUAAUUCGAGAGAGAACGAAGUAUAAAAAGACUAAAAUAGUGACAACAAUUUUUGAGAUUUGCCCGAUUUUAUACAGCAAUCACAAAAAUAAAAAAAUAAACGAGCUAACAUCACAAAGUAAACUAACAAUUGAAAAAAAUAUAUAUGAAAAUUAUGUAGUGUAUAUAAUUAAGUGUGUCCACUUAUAAAACAAAUCGAUGCUGUGGUUUCAAUUUAGGGGUGCAGCAUUAUACUUGAAUGUUGGUUUUUCUUUGACAAUGUACGCAUAUUCUCGUUGUUUAAAAAAAAUGCUUUAGUCAAGUUCAUCAAAAGUAUGAAGUUUCUUGAUAAUCCAAUAAACACAAGUCAUAUAUUAUCAUCAUCGUCUUCGUACAUAAUAGACAUAAUACAUAUUCCAACGUUCAUGUAAUUACUGCGUUAAAGAGUAACAUCGACAUUUGUUUCUAGAAUUAGGUAUUUAAAGUAAGAGACCCAAUAUUAAAAUAUGAGGACGUUACCAUUAAUGCAGAACACGAGAGUGGUAGUGAUAAAUGAAAUUUGGACUCUUACAGUUUAUAUCAUCACAGUUGUAAUGUUGAGACAUUCAUUAAGCAUUGUACAGAGUUAUUUGUCAAGAGUUCACAUGCUUCAGUUGAAAAGUUUAAAGUUGUAAUAAGAAAAUAUUAACUUGUGUAAAUGUAUGAGCUACUACGUUUUAUCAUAAAAAAUAGUGUUGUUGAUAUUUUAAUUAAAAUAAGGAACAACACAUAUAAUCAAGUCACUUUAAUACUACUUAGUGAGCGUUCAUAUAUUAUUUUACACUAAAAAAAGGGAGGGUGUUUUAGUUGACCGACACAUUAAGGUUUUCAAUAAGGUAUAAAACGAAUGGUAACACGGAAGGUUAACUGAAAACUGGGGAAAUUGUUUCCACUUGCUACUUUGCGCAUUUCCCCUAUUUGGUUCAUAUCAUUGCUAAAUAAAAUUCUUUCACUAUUCUUGAUGAAGAACGCACGGAGUUUUCUGUAAAUUUGUGAGUCAAUUCAAAAAUUGUGGCCAACGAUCGGAAAAAAAGUAUGUGAUGUACAUAUGUAAUAACUUUUCUACUACGGGAAAUAAAACCUGGUAGCUGCUUAAUUCUGUAUAGAGAUACAGGAAUGCAUAUUUUGAUUUUAUCUGUUUCUUGUAGUCUGCUACAAACACUAUGUAGACAUCCGCAAAAAUAGGAUAUGAUACGAAAAAGACGAUUUUUUUUCGCUGGAAAAUCAUACAUAAACCUACGUAUGUGUAAGCAAUUUGUGCUAUUAUAUUCUAUAAACAGGCUGAAAUGGUUAUAUUUUAUGUUGCGCUAUAAGUUAUCAUUUGAAACUGGGAAGAAUGGACAUGGAGCUGUGAAAAAAGUGAUUUAUGACGAAGCAUAAAUACACAGAUAGUGAUUUAAUACAAAUACAAAUAUUUAGUAACAAA